AUGCAGGUGAAUAGUAGUAACAGCUCUUCUGGGGGAUCGCCUACAUCCACAACGUUAGAAGCAGUUGAUUAUAAUUUGCAGUUUCCAACAUGGUCGAUGGAGUAUUUAAAAAAAGCAGCCCUGCAACAAAGAUUAGUACGUCCUCGAAGUUUGGCAUGGGCUGUAAUGCUUAAUGCUAUUCCUCCACCAUCUAGUGAUAUUAUGUUAAGCAUCAAGGGACACAGGAAUUUCUACAAUGAUUUAAGGGAGAAAUUGUCAAUGGACCCUCGUGCUGUGAUUGAUGAUGAUCCACUGUCCCAGAAUGAUGAGAGCGCAUGGAAACAACACUUCUGUGACAAUGAAUUAAAAGCACUUAUACUACAAGAUGUGGUGCGGACAUACCCAGACGAAAGUUACUUUAGAGAUAAAGAUGUUCAAGACAUGAUGGUACGUGUAUUAUUCUUUUGGGCGCGAGCUCACCCUAGCCCUGGGUAUCGGCAAGGCAUGCAUGAGGUGCUAGCACCGUUACUCUUAGAGUUAUAUAGCGACCGUCAGCAAUCACAUCAUCAUGAAUUGAGUGAAACACUUCAAUAUUAUUUAGAUGAUAAAUAUUUGGAACAUGAUAGCUAUAUGCUCUUCAGCGCUGUUAUGAAAGGUCUUGAAGAGUUCUACAGUACCGGAGAUGUGGUUCCAACAUCUUGUGGUCGUCUACCGCAGACUAGGACGUUACAUAACCAGAAUGAAGCUGUGAGGUAUUUGGAGCGAGUGAGAGAGGAGCACCUGUUUCCAGCUGACCCAGAACUAGCUAAACAUCUAGCUGAUUGUAAUAUAUCAAUGGAACUGUUUGGGAUUCGCUGGCUGCGUUUGCUGUUCGGCCGCGAGUUCCCGCGUACAGAAAUACCGCAUCUGUGGAGUUUUAUAUUCUGUGACGGACCGAUGUUGCCCAACCUACACUAUAUAGUAGUGGCCAUGCUGAUUUCAAUCAGGACUGCAUUGUUGGAAUGCGACACUGGCGGUGCACUAUCACUAUUGAUGCGGCCUUCUAGUGCAUCUGCAGGCCACGUCUGCGCUCUGGCGUUGCAUUUGCGAGAUCCACGUCGAUAUCCUUCCCCACCACAACCACAUCUUAACAACAGUCAUGAGAGUGCCAUAGAUGCAGUCAAUUCUGAAUGGAGUUACGGUCAUAAUGUCGAAGAGGAAGCGGAAACCGAUGGUUCCGAGGGUGUGGCUGAAGGGGGAGACGUGGCAAGGUCCUUAGCAACAUUAGCUCUACUCAGGGCGCGACUUCCCGCAGCCGUUGCCGCGCUACAGGCGGCUUUACCCCGGCCUCCCCCGGAUGCUAUCCCGGCUUUAGAACAAAUCGCGCAGCUCUCAGCACUACUACAAUGCCGUAACCACGCCCUCAUAGAUGUAGAAACGGCCCUGGAAGCUGCUGAAAAUCAAUCAUCCUACGUAGUGGGGAAACGACAGUUAGUUCCAGUUAUGAUGCUCGCUGGCAAGAAGACAAACAAAAAAGUGAAUCCAGUGCAAACGAACCAAGUGAAAGUGAUAAAUAAAGUGAAGGAAGUCCCAUUACAAGUGUUUCAUCAGGUUGAGUGUGACAGCACCAGUGAUUUGCCCUUCCAGGACCCUCUCCGGCUAAGGACAGAGUGA